CGGGAGCUGGCACACAAAGGUGCCGCGGUCAUUGAUUUGUUGUACUAGGUCGUUUGUAUACACGUGUAUAUAGGAUGGUACAGAUCGCACGUGUAUGAACCGGUCUCUGGGUGGGGUACUUUACUAUAUAUUAGUAUAUAUUGAUGAUUAUGUAAAAACUACUAAUUUGUACCGUUAUUCAGUAUUCUGUAUAUUUGUUAACUAACAUAAACACUUGUACUUUUUCCUAUUAACCUUCAAACCAUUGACCAGUUAAGACAUACUUGGUUAUGGAAGUAUUUAAUUGUUGGACGGAAUGUCAGCGGUAUAAACAUGAAGAUAAAAUAAAAAAUAUAAACAACGCAGUCUCUACUAAUACAGAAAAAAUAAACGAAUUGAAAAUUACGAUAAAAGGGGUGGAAUUCAAUUUAUUGCAUCAAGUUGAAGAUUUAACUUACAAUAUAGACAAAUUGUAUAAACUUGUGGAAAAUAAUACAAAUCGACUCGUUUCACUUGAAAAAUCAAAAAGAAAUAAUAACUAUCUUAAUUAUGCAAUUAAGUUCGUUGUAUCAAUGAUGGAAUUAGUAAGAGUGGGGAUGAGAAAAUUGAUCAGUAGAUGAAAAAAAAAAAAUGUUUGGUCUUGAUUUACUAACACAGUUUGAUUAUCAUGGCCGAGGCAAUGUUGAAUAAUAUGAAAAUUAUGAGAGAAGAUGAUUUUUUUUCCAAAAAUAACUUGAUAAAUUGUUUAAUGUACAGAUUGAGUACUAAUGAAAAUUUUUUUAUAUUAAUCGGUGUAGAGUCUAACGAGACAUUUAAUACAGCAGUUCGUAUUAUAUCACCUUUACAAAAUGUUUCAAUCACAGUGGAUACUUUAAAGUGUAUUUACAAUUCGAUGGGUAACAUUUUAUCUAUGAUAUUAUCUGAUCCGAUUAAAAAAGAACAUGUAUUAUUACUUGAGGACGAUUCAACAUCGAUAAGUAAAAGCGUUUACCGUGAGAAAAAUGUGUUAUUAAUAAAAUCAAGAAGUCAACCAAGAUGUCAAGUUAUUUUAAAAUACGAACAUUUAACAACAUUAUUGAACUUAGAAUGUAUGAUCAUGGAUGCCAUUAACCGUCAAAACAUUAUGAAUAAACCAGUUAUUCAAAUGCAGUAUGACGAAAUUACUGAAUAUUAUCAUAAUAUAUGCACCAAAGAUAAUGUGUUAUAUGAUUAUAAUACAAUAGAUACGACUAUUAAUAAAACCAAUUAUCACCAAGCUGCGAGAUUUAUCACCGAAAAGCAUGGUUAUAGUUAUGCUUAUGAAAUCUUAGCGUUGAUGCAUAGGAACAUUUUUGAACGAUUAAAUGAAAAAAGAAUAAAUAACAUCCAAGAGAACGUUGGUUGUGGAGAAACUAUUGAUCUACCGUCUUUGGAAAAAACAGAGGCUAUUUCUAAUGAUCUUAACAGUCAACCGUUAGCAAGUUAUUUUUCACAAUGGGAUGACAAAUAAUUUUCUACUUAAAUAUAACCAAUCUUAUUUUACUAAAUUUUAUAUUAUAUUAA